AUGCCUGGGGCUGGGGCGGCAUCGCCGGCUUUUGGCUCCGCCUGGCCCGAGCCCGGCCCCGGCCCCGGCCCCGACGCAGGGUCCAGUCCCGGCCCCGACACCGACCCCGACCCCGACCCCGGCCCCGGCUCCUCCCGGGGCCCGCGGAGGACACAGGCGGCGUUGCCUCUCCCGCCGCCUCCGCUGCGGCUUGCCCGGCCCCUGCUCCGCCGCUCGGCAGCGCAGCCGCCGGCCCCGAGCCUCCCGUGUCGCGUUGCAAAGAGCGAACGCCGGGGGAUGGCCGGGCCGGGGCGGGCGCAGGAGGCCCUGCAGGAGCGCUACCGCCUGGGUUCCCUGCUGGGGCGCGGCGGAUUCGGCAGCGUCUGGUCGGGGACGCGGCUCUCGGACGGCGCCCCGGUCGCCAUCAAAAGGGUGCCACGGAAUCGCAUCCGGCACUGGAGCGAGCUGCCCGACGGCACCAGCGCUACCCUGGAGGUUGUGCUGCAGGACAAGGUGUCCACUGGCUUCCCCGGUGUCAUCCAGCUGCUGGAGUGGCUUGAGCUCCCCAGCGACAUUGUCAUGGUGCUGGAGCGGCCAGAGCAGUCUCAGGACCUCCUGCAUUUCAUUCAAGCACGGGGGUUCCUGCGCGAGGAGGUGGCGCGUCCGCUGUUCCGCCAGGUGCUGGAGGCCGUGCGGCACUGCACCAGCUGCGGGGUCCUCCACAGGGAUAUCAAACCAGAGAACAUCCUGGUUGACCUGGCCACCGGGCAGGCAAAGCUGAUCGACUUUGGCUGUGGCACCUACCUGCAAGACACAGCCUACACUCACUUUGCAGGAACACCAUCAUACAGCCCCCCGGAAUGGACCCGCUUUGGCUGGUACCAUGGCGAGCCAGCUACCAUCUGGUCCCUGGGCAUCCUGCUGCACGAGAUGGUCUGUGGGAAGAUGCCUUUCAGGAGGGGCUGGAACUUCAGCUGGGGCCAGCUCUCACUGCCACAACGGCUCUCUCCAGAGUGCCAAAAUCUGAUCGGGUGGUGUUUAUCCAUGCACUCCUUGGCCAGACCCUCAUUAGAAGAGGUGUUCUGUCAUCCUUGGAUGCAGGAUAUUCCUCUGCCAUAGAAGAAGGGAGAGAGCCACAGGCACACUUUGAUCCAGGGCCCUGGGAAGGAGAAGGAGCUCCCAGACAAGCUGUACCAGGUGGGGCUGCUGCUGCAGGAGACAGCGAGGAUGACAUCAAGGAUGACAACGUCUCCCUGGACCUGGCCACCAGCAGUUGAAGAGGAAGCAUUCUAGGUGGUCCAGUCUGGAUUGGGAAGUGCUUGGGACCAGCUGCAGCGUGGAUGGGCCGUGCCCUUGGAGCAGGCUGAGGACAUCGUUUGGGACCAGCUUUUCUUCCAGCCGUGGAUGGUGUGAGCCAGGCUCUGCAGAUGCUGAGGCUGCUCUGGGCUCUGCCAGGGCUCUGCUGGAGCUCAGCACCGGGCCAGAAUUAGCCAAAGAAGAAAUGGUGUCACCUGCAGC